AUGGUGUACAUUAAUGGAUUCGAUCGACCAGAGAUAAUUGCUGGUGCUGGUACCAUGGGGAUUGAGAUUUUGAAUCAAGUACCUGGAGUGGAUGCUAUUAUCGUUCCUGUUGGCGGUGGUGGUUUAAUUGCAGGUGUCGCGUUGGCCGUCAAGACUCUUGCUCCAAAUGUCCAAGUUAUUGGAGUGGAACCGGAGUAUUGCUCAAGUUUUAAAGAGGCACUCGAAGCAGGCAUGCCUGUAAACAUGCCGACGAAGCCAACGCUUGCUGACGGCCUUGCGGUUCCUUGCGUUGGCACAAAUGCAUUUGAAAUCGCCCGUAAACACGUAGACAAGGUUGUAACCGUUUCGGAGCGUUCGAUUGCUUUGAGUGUUCUGCGCCUUGUUGAGAUGGAAAAAAUCGUUGUGGAAGGCGGAGGGGCUUCGUCGCUCGCCGCUUUGAUUGACGACAAGUUACCGGAGCUUAUGGGAAAGCGUGUCGUGCUGCCUCUGACCGGUGGUAACAUUGACACUCCUGUGCUUGGCCGUGUCAUUGACCGUGGUCUGGCUGCCGAUGGAAGACUUGUGCGCUUUGUGGCCACGGUGAGCGAUCGUCCGGGCGGUAUAGCUCAGCUCACCAGCUUUCUGCGGGAUUUUGGUGUGAGCGUCAAGGAUAUUUACCAUGAGCGUGCAUGGGUGCACGCUAGUAUCUCUCACGUGGCGGUCAAGUGCGUUGUCGAAACGCAAUCAAGUGACCACGCUGUUCAGCUCAAACAUCAACUUGAGAAAAACGGAUAUCCUCUCAUUUGGGAGAGCUUUGCUGGCCACCAGACCCCCGCAGUCGAGCUGUAA